GGCCGGGGCAGUACGAAGCGGGGGUGGGCCCUGCGUGUAAAGGCAGCGCCGUGGCCUCGCGUCCAUCUUUACCGCUCUCUCGGACCUGUCACAAAGGAGUAGCGCCGCCACUGCCUCCCCCUCUCGAGUGGAUCCUGGAGCUGGAGAAAAACUGUUGCUGGAUGACCAGGAUUCCCUGUAACUGAUAAUGUUGGAGAUCAACUCUGCAACUUUCUUCAACACCCAGUUGUUAAAAACAAAUAGGAUGCAAGUGUCUCAGCCCCGGAUUAUGAAAACAGUACUUGGAAAACUGAAAACUAUCUAAAUGAUUGUCUUUGGUUGGGCCGUGUUCUUAGCAAGCAGAAGCCUCGGCCAGGGUCUGCUGUUGACUCUCGAGGAGCACAUAGCCCACUUGCUGGGGACUCCAAGUGCCACCGCUGCCAUGGGUAACUCCUGCAUCUGCCGAGAUGACAGUGGAGCAGAAGACAGUGUUGACAACCAGCAGCAACAGGCCGAGAACAGUGCCGUGCCCACCGCUGACACGAGGAACCAACCCCGGGACCCUGUCCGGCCACCAAGGAGGGGCCGAGGACCGCACGAGCCACGGAGAAAGAAACAAAAUGUAGACGGACUGGUGCUGGACACGCUGGCGGUCAUACGAACUCUUGUAGAUAACGAUCAGGAACCUCCCUAUUCAAUGAUUACAUUGCACGAAAUGGCAGAAACAGAUGAAGGCUGGCUGGACGUCGUGCAGUCGUUGAUCAGAGUGAUUCCGCUGGAGGACCCGUUGGGGCCGGCCGUCAUAACGCUGUUGCUGGACGAAUGUCCCCUGCCCACUAAGGAUGCGCUCCAGAAAUUGACCGAAAUUCUUAAUUUAAAUGGAGAAGUAGCGUGCCAGGACUCGGGUCACCCUGCCAGGCACAGGAACAUAUCUGCCGUCCUGGGCUGCUUAGCAGAGAAACUGGCAGGUCCUGCCAGCAUAGGUUUACUCAGCCCAGGAAUACUGGAAUAUUUGCUACAGUGUCUGAAGCUGCAGGCCCACCCCACGGUCAUGCUGUUUGCACUUAUCGCACUGGAAAAGUUUGCACAGACAAGUGAAAAUAAGUUGACCAUCUCCGAAUCCAGUAUCAGUGACCGGCUUGUCACGUUGGAGUCCUGGGCCGACGAUCCUGAGUACCUGAAACGGCAGGUUGGCUUUUGUGCCCAGUGGAGCUUGGACAAUCUCUUUUUGAAAGAAGGUAGGCAGCUGACCUAUGAGAAAGUGGACUUGAAGAGCAUUAGGGCCAUGCUGAAUAGCAAUGAUGUCAGCGAGUACCUGAAGAUCUCACCUCAUGGCUUGGAGGCUCGCUGCGAUGCCUCCUCUUUUGAAAGCGUGCGGUGCACCUUCUGUGUGGAUGCUGGGGUGUGGUACUAUGAAGUAACCGUGGUCACUUCCGGCGUCAUGCAGAUCGGCUGGGCCACACGCGACAGCAAGUUUCUCAAUCAUGAAGGCUACGGCAUUGGCGACGACGAGUUCUCCUGCGCCUACGAUGGCUGCCGGCAGCUGAUCUGGUACAAUGCCAGGAGUAAGCCUCACCUCCACCCAUGCUGGAAAGAAGGAGAUACAGUAGGAUUUCUGUUGGACUUGAAUGAAAAGCAAAUGAUCUUCUUUUUAAAUGGCAACCAGCUGCCUCCUGAGAAGCAAGUCUUUUCAUCUACUGUAUCCGGAUUUUUUGCUGCAGCUAGUUUCAUGUCAUAUCAACAAUGUGAGUUCAAUUUUGGAGCAAAACCAUUCAAAUAUCCACCACCUGUGAAAUUUAGCACUUUUAAUGAUUACGCCUUCCUGACAGCUGAAGAUAAAAUCAUUUUGCCAAGGCACAGGCGUCUUGCUCUGUUGAAGCAAGUCAGCAUCCGGGAAAACUGCUGCUCCCUGUGCUGUGAUGAGGUGGCAGACACGCAGCUGAAGCCAUGUGGGCACAGUGACCUGUGCAUGAAUUGUGCCUUGCAACUGGAGACCUGCCCGUUGUGUCGUAAAGAAAUAGUGUCCAGAGUCAGACAGAUCUCGCAUAUUUCAUGACACACGUGAAGAGACAUUAUGGACUUAUUUCUACUCAGUUCCAGCCAAUGUUGAAAAGAAAAACAAAGGAAAAAAAACCCAUCUCUAAUCAGUCGUAUGCACAUUGAAACUUAUAGCCAUGGCCAGAUUUUAUGCUAAAAACGGUAGUUUUUCAAAGACAAAAUUCUCUUAGAACCUAACCCAACUCGCCAGCCCUGGGAAAUCCCUUUCGUGGCCGAGGAAGGCCGAGCGCUCGCGAGCAAGGCCCGGGUCUUCCAUGACAACCGGUAGGGGAGCGCGCCCUCUGGAGCGCCGGAGCCACGCAGGAGUUCUCCUGGUUGGGGUCAUUGGAUCGUUUAACCCAGGAUGUUUUGUCUCGUGUCCUAAAGUUUUAUUUUGGCAGAAGGUCAUUACGGAGGAGCACAUGACGCCAUUUCUGGGUUAAGCGUGACUUCCCACUGGCCCGAGGUAGCCGUGUGUUAGUGUGGCUCUUGCACUGGAGACUCGAAUCUGUAAAGCUAGAAUCACGCAGGUCAGUACUGCGGCAACGCGGAGGGCCUCCAAGGAGGUGCACAGACGAUAGGAAGAACAAAACAAGCCCGAUUUUUGAUAUUUCAGUGAUUCCAAAGAACAUCCUCGUUUUUUUUAACCGCAGAACAUUGGUGGUGUUUCCACACUCGUGUUUCUGUCCAAUUUCAGGACCCACGUUUUGUGAGGGGAAAUGUUCUCACAUUGCAGGAGGAAUUCUUAAACUGACUGCAAUGGCUGACUGGAGAAAAUUUGGUAUUUAGAGUAUUUUUAAGGUACCAUCAAAUCAGGUUUUUGUUUAAAAAAAUUUUUUUAAUCAGUAUUGUUUUUGGAAGUAAUAUACUUUGAAACUCUUGAACGAAUAGUCUCAAAGACUCUUAGAGGACAGUCUGAGAGCACGUAUUCCUGUUGUGUUAAAUAAAUCACAUGGUUCUGAAUAGUGAAUUCAAUCAUGGGUUGCUGACCAUGUCUUCAUCAAAAGUGUUCAUCCCUCUCAGGGUCUCUGGUGAAGACCUUCAAGAGUUUGGUUUUUUCUCCCAGAAAAUUGGAAGGUAGAAUUGUAAAUUCCUAGAACUUAUUUUAUAAUGGUGUACCUCAGCAGCUGCCUUUCAAUUUAUGCCAAGUCCUUACUGAGUUUAUACUUGAAUAGCAAAUAUGUCUUCUGAGUUUUACAAUGUCUUAAACUCAAUGCACAUUUUUUUUUCUUCUUUCCCCACCCUUUCUUGUUUGUGGUUCUUUAAGAUGUCCCAUUACAGAGCUGAGUUCCUUCCUGGCUGUACUUGUUGGGGUGCUGGGUUUUUUUCCAUGUCUUCGUCUUCCAUAAAUCAAAUAUAUAUAUAAAUAUAUGUUUUCUUUAGCUUGUGGUGAAUACAGUAAUUUGCAUUGAAGAAAUAAAACAUUUGUUGCCUUUUUUUACUAAGAU